UCUGGAGGCUGGCUGCUCGCGCUGCUGACACCGUUCACCUCUAGAGAAACUUUCCUGGAGUUCUCGGCUCCUCUGACCGCGGAGCGACUCACUCACUGUCCGGAGGAAGCCGCGGCAGCUUGGAUACCCUGCGAGCCAAAGGAGGACACGGAGCGGAGCCUCGUUCACUUCUCCCCGCGAGGAACGAUUUUACGAGACAUGCCCUUUUUUAUUUGACACUUUUGACAGAAGAACCGACGCUUUUCUCUGGUUAAGUUAGCUUAUUUAGGUUGGAGGUCGAUACCUACAUGAAUAGCUCAGGAUUACACAGGCUUUUAAUACUUUUUAAGAAGUGAGAGGUUUUUUUAAAGGAGCCGGAAUUAACCUGGAUAGCCCCCUCCCUCACUCCCUGCCUCCCAAACUUCACUCACUGCUCGGUGUCGAUAUGUCUUGGAUUAACCGGGGCCUCUUAUUUGCCUUCGGUGUGUUGCUGUGUGUGUCAGCGGAACAGCAGCAGGGCCAGAGCGGCUUCAGGAGGCUGUACGUACUGCAGCCCGGGCCGGGUUCGGCCGGAGGGGACGGCGGAGUGCGGGUCAGCUCCAUCUCGACGCGUCAUGGCGCGGCGGGGCAACCGCACACGUACAACGUGGAGCUCACCGCUAACUUCGGGCGCCAGGUCCGGACCCGCAGGAUGGGGAACCAGGCGGAUCCGGUGCCCCAGUUCAGCUCGCAGCUGCCAUCAGUGUUCCGGCAGAGCGGACAGGAGCAGAGCCAGCAGCGGCAGGUUAUGAAGCUGCCCGGGGUGAACGUCUGUGGAGGGCAGUGCUGUCAUGGAUGGAGCCAGGUUCAGGGGUCGCAGCGGUGCACAAAGCCCAACUGCUUCCCUACGUGCCAGAAUGGAGGAAUGUGCCUCAGGCCUCAGCUUUGUGUCUGUAAGCCUGGCUCGAAAGGGAAGGCAUGUGAACAGAAGACGGUGUCCACACACCCUUUUCCAGCGCCGCCUGGGAAUGAACCUACCAAUGGGCACAACACUGGUCACACAAAUGGACAUACCAGUGUAAUACCCCAGCGGCCCAUACCUCAGCAAGUGCCUCCCAGUGGGUACGCUUCUGCCCCCCCACCAGCUAGCAACAUGGCUCAGAUGAAACUAACCGUCAAGCCCUACCCUCAGCUUCUGCGACCACAUUAUGUGCAACAACACAUUCAACAACACAUCCGGUCCAUGCCCAUGCACCCAGUUAAGAGCCAGCAGUAUGUUAUAAAGCCCAAAUACUACCACACACACACUACACACAGACAGACACAUGUUCAGUCCCAACCAGAGAGGCCAAUCCCCCUAAGAGUCGGACACAACCCCUACCACGUGGGCAACCAUACGGGAAGGAUAAAGGUGGUCUUCACACCCACCAUCUGCAAGUUAACCUGCAUUGGAGGCAGGUGUCACAACAACUGUGAGCUGGGAAACACCACUACCAUCAUCAGUGAGAAUGGCCAUGCCACAGACACCCUGACAGCACCCAACUUCAGAGUAGUGGUUUGUCACCUUCCAUGUAUAAAUGGUGGAAAGUGCAGCUCUAGGGACAAGUGUCAGUGUCCUCCCAACUUUACUGGAAAGUUCUGCCAGAUGCCGGUUCAGAAUGUACGACAGCAGCAGCAGGCAGGCGGCUACAGCCAAACUCAGGUCCACUCCACACACACGCUGCCACUGACCUACAGCAACAGCCAGAGUAACGUGUUCAAUCCCAGUGUCGUCAACAUCCAUAUCAAACAUCCUCCAGAAGCCUCUGUCCAGGUUCACCAGGUGUCCCAGCUGGACAAUUUCCACAACAACGGCCACCAGCUGAAAGGUUCCCAGUCAGGCUCCUCUUCAUCUACCAGCUACAAUUACCACCUCACAGACAGCAGCCAGAAGAUCCAGCAUCACGGAUAUAACAUAGUUUAUCCGGGCCAGCACGGCUACCAGGUCCCUCAGUACCAGCCUGUUACCUCACACACACUGGGCCGCUGCUUCCAGGAGACUACAGGCAGUCAGUGUGGGAAGGCUCUGCCAGGUCUCACUAAGCAGGAGCAGUGCUGUGGAACCAUCGGGACAUCCUGGGGCUUCCACAAAUGCCAGAAGUGUCCAAAUAAACCAUCUAUCCCUCUGAUAGAUUGUCCUCAGGGCUACAAGAGAAUCAACAGCUCGCAUUGCCAAGAUUUGGAUGAGUGCCAGCUACAGGGUGCAUGUCCCAAUGGAAACUGUCUGAACACCGUGGGCAGCUACAGGUGUAUGUGUAAACCGGGCUAUGUCCCGGACCCAACACUCACCACCUGCAUACCCGACACUCCUGCCAUCCAAGAGGAGAAGGGGGCUUGCUUCCGUUUGGUCAGCUCAGGCAGACAGUGUUUGCACCCAGUUUCUGCCCAGCUGAGUAAACAGCUCUGCUGCUGCAGUGUGGGCAAAGCCUGGGGCCCUCACUGUGACAAAUGCCCCCCUCCAGGAACAGCUAAGUUCAAAGAGAUCUGUCCUGGUGGAAUGGGCUACACUGUUCUACCAAAUCCACCUGUAAAUAAGCCGGUCACUGUUUACCAGCAGCCCAUUGACCUUCAACCCCCCCAGCCCCUGCCAACGCCAGAGAGGCCGGUGGAGGCUUUUGGGAAACCAGAGGAGAUGAUACCAGUAGCAACAACUGCAACAGAUCAGGAGCUGAUAGUUCCUGUGUUUAGUGUUAGGCCAGUAGUUGAACCUAUCCAGCCCCAGCUAUCUCCAGGUGUGUCCACUGUGAAGAUGGAGGCAGCCUACCCAGAGCUGGUUGAGAGGAGUUCUCCACCUGCACCAGUAGAGAUCCUCCCAUCUAACGCAGGCCAGGACAUCGCCCCCACCCAGUCAACUGAGGUGGAUGAGUGCCAGAUCAACCCUUACAUAUGUGGCCAGGGGAUUUGUUACAACACCGCUGAGGGCUACGUCUGCCACUGUGAUAAAGGAUACCGCCUGGAUGAUGCCCAAACCACCUGUGUCGAUUUAGAUGAGUGUUUGGAAAGCCCAUCUUUGUGCGUUGGCGGUGACUGCAAGAACACAGAGGGCAGUUUCCUGUGUGUGUGUCCAUGGGGAUUCCUGGUUGAUAAAGAGGGAACCAGUUGUGUUGAUAUCGAUGAAUGCAUAGACACAACUGUAUGCCCCUCUGGCAUCUGUUUCAAUGUGCCAGGGAGUUACAACUGUGGCUCUUGUCCUGAUGGCUUCGUGGCACAGGGAGGCCAGUGUGCAGAUAUAGAUGAGUGCCAGGAUCAGCGGGUCUGUACCAGAGGCCACUGUCUGAACACUGAAGGCUCCUUUAUCUGUGAGUGUGGGCCAGGCUUCAGAGUGUCAGCGACUGGAGACGAGUGUGACGAUGUGGAUGAGUGUGUGGAGGAAGCCAGGCCCUGUGAGGCUGUAGGGGAGUGUGUAAACAACAUGGGCUCCUACACCUGUACCUGCCCACGGGGAUACCAGCAGAUCGAUGGUACCAGCUGCAGAGAUGUUGAUGAGUGUAUGGAUGAGCCAGAACUCUGUUCCCCCAAUGGCGAGUGUCUCAACACAGAAGGAUCUUAUUUGUGUGCGUGUGAGAGUGGAUUUACUGCCAACCUCGACACACCCUCCUGUGAUGAUAUUGAUGAGUGUGGUCUCAAUGAGACACAAUGUGGCUCUCACGGCUUCUGUGAGAACAGACUGGGCUCCUUCCGAUGCUUCUGUGACCAGGGCUACCGGGAGACCGAGGAUGGCCAAGGCUGUGCAGAUUUGAAUGAGUGCGAGCUGCUGAGCAGUGUGUGUGGAGAAGCUAAGUGUGUGAACUUGGAUGGUUCCUUCCGCUGCAUGUGUCCCAGCGGCCAGGACUAUAACGUCAUGAUCGCCAAGUGUGAGCCUGUUCCGACAGCGUCGUCGGUGGAGCGUAAGGAGUGCUACUAUCAUCUGAAUGAUGAGAACCUGUGUGAGAGUGUGCUGACCAGCCACGUCACCCUGCAGGAGUGCUGCUGCACGCUGGGAGCUGGCUGGGGGGACAACUGUGAGGUACAUCCCUGCCCUGUCAAUGGCACAGACCACUUUAACCAGAUGUGUCCAUAUGGAAGAGGUUUUUUUCCCAGUGCUGACUUGCUGUAUGGAGUACCCACUGCUGACACUUACAAAGAUGCAGAUGAAUGUACACUGUUUGGCCAGGAGGUGUGUAAAGGAGGCUUCUGUCUGGAUACUGUGGGAAGCUAUGAGUGUUACUGCAAGACUGGACAGGACUACGACCCUUCCAAGCUGGAGUGCAGAGACAUCAAUGAGUGUCUUGAUGAGUCUGUGUGUGUCGGUGGACAGUGUAUGAACACAGAUGGCUCAUUCAUGUGUUUCUGUACACAUCCAAUGGUGUUGGACCCCAACAGUAACCAAUGUGUCUUCAUUCCUGAGGUGGCCGAGCAACAUGAGAUAGAGCAGAUCGACUACCAGGGGAUCUGCUGGCAGACGGUUACAGAGACCAUGACGUGCACACACCCACUGGGUCGCAACAGGAAGACCACAUACACAGAGUGCUGCUGUCUGUACGGAGAAGCCUGGGGCAUGGACUGUGCCCUCUGCCCCCCGAGAAACACCGAGGAUUAUGCAUCCAUGUGUAACAUACCUCUGGGUGGUGGGCGACGGCCAUAUGGCCAUGAUGCCCUCACUGCUGGCCCAGACCAUGAAUAUGAAGUGAGGCCAGACUACUCUCCAUCACCUGAGCAGGAGGCUGUCCUGCCCUUCUAUGAGAACCAGGAGCAUCCAUUCAAAGCAUUUGAGGGUUUGCGAGCAGAGGAGUGUGGGAUACUGAAUGGCUGUGAGAAUGGCCGGUGUGUGCGGGUUCAGGAGGGAUACACCUGUGACUGCUUCGAUGGAUACACCUUGGACCUGUCUCGCAUGACCUGCAUUGAUGUGAACGAGUGUUCAGAACUGAACAAUCGGAUGUCGCUGUGUAAAAACGCAAAGUGCAUCAACACAGUGGGUUCCUAUCAGUGUGUCUGUCUGCCAGGGUUCACUGCUUCUGACAAACCCAACUACUGUGUGGAGGUUCCAACACACCACACAUCAACACACACACAGUGAGCAUGGACAGGUGACAAGAGACACAAAACACACGCACAAGCUUGUAUUACUAUACUUGUGAGGACGUCCAAUACAUCCGGUCAGUGCCAAAUCAUCCAAACAGUAACCUCAUAAUUCAACUCCCUGGUUUGGUCAGUGUCCAGCAGCGCUCCCAAAACACGUCAUAGCUCAUCCUCAGCAGUUAUCGGGAAGAUUAUUUGAGAUGUGGGGGUCAUAUACCCAAAUUAGAGAGAGAGCCUUUAACUGUUUAAAUUUAAACCUUGUCCAUUGAAUCAACUUCAAAUCGUAUUCCCAAUUUAAAGAUUAUCUAAAUCCAGAUCUGCCAUUUACCCAUGUCAUUGUCACUAUUUUCACUCACUCCCUGCCUUUCCCAUCCGUUCUCCAUCACUGUUUUUUAGUCUACCUUUAUUGUAAUAUAUUUAUUAUACUUUUUCAUUUACUAGUUUUCCAAUAAAAUAAAUCCAAAUAUUAUAUAAGGACUUCCAAUGUUAAGGCCUAAUUUUGUAAAAGGCCUGAAAGUAUAAUUUUUCUAUAGAUUUUCAGUGACUGCACGGUAAUAAGGUAACUAGCUUUAUCUGUUAUGUCUACCUUGUUUCAGGAAAUAUAUGGCAUUUAGGGAUAUGUUUACUACUCCAGAGAGAUAGAUGAUAGGAUUUCAUAAGAUGUCAUUAGCCUAGGUAUGUGCUUUGAGGAAACACCUGGCAUACCGUCUUUAUGACAACAUUUUUAUAAAUAAAAAAACCGUGUAUUUUCACUCUUUCUUAAUGAUGAGUUGUGAUUGACAUAGGACAGAACCUUUACAUUUUUUUAACAGUCAGUGUAGAGAACAAACUGCUGAAAUACGUGUAGAACGAUAUGUCCUGACAGGACUUGUAGUGUGAGAGCAGCAGCUGCAAAGCUUGGCAUGUGUCUGUACAGAAUGUGUUCAGGCACAGUGUAUAGUGUAAGUGCUCAGAGUCACAUUUACCGGUGUAUAGUGAAACACAAGCUGUUUAGAACCACCACUAACAUGUGUCUUAGGUGCUCCGAUCACGAUUGGGCAGCUGUCAUAACAGGUUUAAAUGCCAGCGAGGGCCAUUGAGCUCCAACCACUCAGACCACGUUCAGAGUUGGUCUGGGACGCAUGUUGAUACAGUCUCUAAGCAGUGUAAACACAAAUGUGUCCUUGGCCAUGUUGAAGGACAGCCUACUCAGCUGAUAUCCUCUGUGUACAUGGGGGAACAUACUCAUUUCUGCAUCAAUGAACCUGACAACAGAAAAAAACACAACAUGCCAACAUACUGCUUCUGUGUCUAUGAUAACAGCAAUGAGUACAUCACACAUAUUGGGUGAUGUGGCUUUGCCUGGAACAUACCAAGGAAUAAACACAGGUUUUAAUUAUUUUUUUCUUUAUUUAUUUAUGGAAGAUAAAGUCCUGUGGACAAAAAAUGGCUAAACUAGCGGACGUAGCUACUUGAUGAUGUGUCCGAGGGUCAGUGAAUGCACCUGGUAUGAAGAUUUCAGAGGACAUUUAGGCUUAAAACUUGAUGUAAAUUACCUCUUUUUUCAGGGCUUGCAGACACUUGGAUGACGCAACUUGAGCUGCAUGAAGGCAUGUUGUGUUUUUUCUGUUGUUUUACUACAUCUGAAGUGUAGGUCACCAUUGAUUUCAAAUGUAUUGGAUUCUGCUGCAACACUGUUUACACCUGAGACUCCAGAAGUGUUUUGUGGACUCAAACACUUCACCCACCCCUCCAUCGGCAUAGUGGUGACUAAAAUUACUGUACAUUAUCUCAUCAUCUAAGGAGAAAUGAACAUCCAAAGCGUGAAUACACCAAAAAGGUAAACAGGAUAAACACAGUCCCAUUUGAAGGUGACAUCAAUCAGCUAAAGUACCGUACAUGCAAUUGACAGUAUUUCUCAUUCUAAUGCAAUUUUUUGUCUGUAGGCAGUAACAAGGUUAUUCGUUCUACUGCUUUAUGCUAAUGUUUGACCUAUUAAAUGUUCAACAUGUUAAACAUCUUUUUUUUAUUGUGUUAGCUUGCAAGCAUCUGCCAAAUAGCAAAUCACAGCUGAGGCUGAUGGAAAAACCAAAGAGUAAUGGACACAUUCUAAUUUUGAAAUGAUAAUAAGGAAAAGUUGGAGGAUCAAACAGUUUCUGUAGUUCAUCCUGACCGGAGCAUUACUUUGAUAGCACUUGAUGGUUAUACAACUUAUUUCUGAGUUGUUACCCAAAUCGAAAGUAUGUUGGACCAAAACGGUGGAUUUACUUACACUGUCAUUCUUAAGGCCACACCACCAGUGUGGAUAAUAAGCUUGGGAACCGCUACUUUACAGACUAUUAUGCUGCCUGAGUAACUAACCUUCCCCUUCCACUUCCCUCCACAUGUAUUUUUUCACUUAAUUCAACAUUUGAUGGAGUCGCUGACAAGCCAUUUAUUAUCAUGUUUAAUCAUGGUGUAUGUGUUAAAAACUGGGAUGUAAAUGCUGAGAUGAAGCUGGGAAACAUUGACAUAGAUCCUUGAGGAGACUGUGGUUCCUUAAAAGUAUAGAAAUACAAAAAACUCACACACACACAAAACACAGACACACUUACUUAAUCAAAGCCCAUAUAUUCUGCACUGUAUAAAAUACACACUAAAUGAAACAAAUAGUAAUUUACUUGAGAUGAAGAUUCAACUUAAUCUACUCUUGGGAGUCAUCGUAUUUUGGUGGUAGAAACACAGAACUGUAUAAAAUGUAUGUUGCUAUUUCUUAUUUUGUAAGUAGAGAUUUACGUGUUACACAAUGCCGUAUUGCUCUUUUAACAAAUUGACAAACCCUUUGGACUUGUGCUGGGGGAUCCAGUUUUAUGUUGCACCCAGUCGAACUGAUUGUGGAUAUUUAAUUCUGUGAAGAGGUCAGCUGUUGCUCCUCCUCUUCCUCCUUCGCCAUCCCUCUGUCUGCCAUUAAGAAAAGCCUGUUACCACGCUACACUACUUUUGUAAAAUGCAAUCCUAAAUCUACUUGUUGUUUCCUGUUUCUUACAAAGAGCUUAAAGACUUUUUGUUACCUGGUAUUCCUUCCUCCUUGUGUCUAUGUGUUGAGAUGACUGAAAUGUUUUAUUUUCCAUACUUCUCUUUACUACAUUUCACUGCUAAGUCUUGCCAGGUGGCAAAGCUGCUAUGGGACAGAAAAAACUUAUGUACAUUUAAACAAAAGAGUGGAGAACAUAGCUAUGUAUUUGUAAUUUGUACAUGGGUAAAUAUCUUUUUCUAUGAAUACAAAAUACAAUGUAUAAUAAACCCCUUGGUAUUCAACCACAAAUUGUGAUAUUUAA